CUUAGUCGUCAGUAGUAUACACAAUGAUGGUGUUUUUGAUUGUUUAAUUCUUUUAAUAAGUUUUAAUAAAGGAAUUGCUCCCAUUCUGUGUCGAUGAUUUGGAAUUAAAACCGUCUUGACACUAAAAAACUUUAAAUAGAAGUAUACCUGUUGGCUGUUGCGUAUAUGCUUUCAAAAAACGCUUGUCAAGAAGCCAAAUUUUGAGCUGAUAUUGAGUAAUUCGCAGAAUCGCUAAAGAGAAACUAUAAUAUUACGUAUAGUAAUUGAUUCUUGACAAGAUGCCGGGUAAAAGAAGGAGAGACUUCAAAGGCAACUACCGCCAAGGCAGCAGUUCAACACUAAGUUCUACAUUUAGACGAAGACAGUCCGGUCAGUUUCGAUCUCCAGCCCUCUCCCGCGGUAGCUCGGGGUCCAUAUUUUCCAACGCAACCAACGCUUUCAGUAACUCUGAUAGCGAUGUCCCCGACGACACAGAUGCUGUAUCCGAAACGGACUUUGAACAUCGUGAACCACUGGAAAUUGAAUUGUCUGAGAACUCAAAGGAAUACUUUGAAGAACUGGAUAGCGAAUUUACGUCAACUAGAUAUGAACAAAGUCGUCUUCUUUACAGCAAUGACGACAACAGCGAAUAUUCUAGAACUCUACAAGACGAUAUCAUGCAGCAUGGUUUGGAACUUGCAAAUGAAGACGACUUUCAAGACAAUGAAAAAGAGGAAACUUUCUACGAGGAAAUGAUUCCAAAAGAACACUUGGAGGAGACAUUGAAAAAUGAACCUCACCGGUAUAAACGUUGUAAGUUUACUGUUCAAAAUGCCCACGAGUCCACGUGUAAGGUUUUGGAUAUACCAGACGUUGAUGGAUUAGAAGAAAUUCAGAUAUCGGGAAGAUCAAAAGCAGGGAGGACAUUUAAUGGGGACAUAGUGUUGGUCGAAGUCUACAAUUACGAAAAGUACACAAAACAGUUUAUUGACCGAUACAAGAGAGACAUCAACAGAAACAACAAGUUACACAAAGUGUAUGGAAAAGUGGUCGGCGUGUUCGAAAGAAAUAGGACCGAGGAUAUGAAACACCCGGUGUUUGUGUGCGUUCUUGAUGACACUUCCAACUUUCUAAUGCGACCCGUGUGUAGAGCUGUUCCAAAGCUUAACAUCAUUCACGAUUUCAAAAAUCCAAACUUCAUCCUUGUCCACAAAUAUGAUCCACAGUCUACGCGCCUCAAUUUUCAUUAUCCAUUUCAGAUUGACCCAAGAGUCAUUAAGAGCUUUACGUUUCAAGUUGUGUUCAUCAGAUGGACUGAUUUUUACCCUUACCCUUUGGCCGCAGUCAUUAAUGUUAUAAAAAUAGAGGAGACCCCCUCAUCCGCGUUACAAAACCUCCGACUUCAACACCAUGUACCGAAAUUCUACCGCAAAGAUACCGUAAUCGAAACCGAAAGAACAGUACGCAAAUUUAGCCUGGAAAAAGUAAAACGUAAAAAGGACAGGAACGACUUAACGGAUUUGAAAGUUUUCACAAUCGACCCAUUUGGUUCUCAGGAUCUCGAUGACGCAUUGAGCAUUGAAACAUCUGAUGAAAAUUAUCAAAUUGGCGUUCACAUCGCUGAUGUAGGAGCUGCCAUUCAUAAAAACGAUGCAAUAGAUUUGGAGGCUCAAGAGAGGACAUGUACAUUUUAUCCAGGGCAAGGGAUAAAGCCAUACCAUAUGUUACCCGAACCAUUUAGCACUGACAUAUGUAGUCUGAUACCUGAUGUACCUAGACCAGCAAUUACAGUACUAUUUACAUUAGGCAAAGAAGAAUUUGAUUUUAAGGCAUUUGAAGUAAAGAAAACUACAGUCAAAUCUGUCCAGCAGUUUACCUAUGAAGAAGUACAGAAAAUUAUCGACGGCGAUUGCUCAACUGGAGAGUUUGAUAAACGUAUCUUGCUUUUGUUUAAGAUAGCAAAAAAAUUCCGAAGAAAACGAAUAAGAGAUGCUAUGUUUGCUUUUCCCGUCGAGACGAAGCUAAACGACACACAGAGUUCUGUCCUCAAUACAAAAGAAGCUCAUUACCUGGUGGAGGAAUUCAUGAUUUUGGCGAAUAGAUGUAUCGCACAAUAUUUGUGGGGAGUAUUUCCAGACGUUCUCCCUGUGCGUUGUCAAGAAGCGCCAUCAGAGGAAAUGGUGAAUAAAUGGAUCGAACAAAAUAACCCAAUUGUUAACAUGGUGCUUAAAUUACAAGAAGUUGAACCAAAGCGCGAAUUCAAAAUUGGACUACACCAAAUACAAAAACCAAUCAGAUAUAGACAUGUCAUGCCUUUCCAAAAAUGGGUUUGGGAAAGUCUGUUGGAGUGUACCAACAAAAAUGACAUGAAAGCAGCCACCAGGAUAAUCGGUACUGAUGAACUUCAUCCAUUACAGUGCUUGGCAUUAGAUGAAUGGACGUCUUUUCAGGAAACAGCUGUUUACAAAUGUACUGGCACAUGUGAAAAUGAAAAUAUAUUUCAUUUUUCUUUGAGAAUGACUUUGUAUGUGCAUUUUACAUCGCCAAUAAGAAGAUAUCCUGAUUUGAUUAUAAAUAGAUUGAUUCAUGCAGCUUUAGAACAAAGAGAGUGUCCAUAUUCACCGGACGAAGUUCAUGACCUUUGUGGAAGGUUCAACAGUACGAUACGUAGAGCAAGAAAGUUCCAAAAGCAGUGUCAAUUAAUGUCUUGGGGAUUUCAGCUGAAAAAGACACCACAAAUAGUGCAUGGAUUUGUGAAAGAAUUUACAGAAAAAUCUGUUUCAAUCAUUAUUCCUGGAUUGCGACGAUUACCAGUGUACUGCAGGGAUGUUCCUCUCAACCUUCUUCACUUAUCCGAAAAACCAACGGUUUCCAGGAAACAAGAAGAAAAAGACGACCUUAUGAUAUUAAAAUGGUCGCAAAGACUAUACGAUGUUACUGGGAAACCAGUUACAAAGGCUGGGUGGUUAGGACGUGAGGCUAGAGCAGCAAUUUGUAAGCAAAUAAAUCCGCAUACGAAAGCAAAAUUCGUAAUGCAAGAAACGUGGAAAACAAUUCUGAAAAUGAUUGUAGAGGAAAAUAUUUCCGAGUUAAGAAAAAUUCUCACAGAGAGACACGUUGAAGACAAUUUCGGACUAGAUGAAGACAAACAUAAUUUUGUUGAAACUUGUAAAAAUACUGUCCUUGAUCAUUCAUCUGAAGUAGAAAGCGGAAAUAUAAUCAAACAAGGAUGUGAGUACAGUAUGUCUUUUUCUCGCGGGCAAAUCGUGACUGUUCAACUAUCAGCAGAACCCAUGAAAGGGAUUUUAUCACCUACCAUGCAACUUUUUGAUAUGACUCGAAGUAUAAAGCACUGCCUUCAACAUACCCGUGAUCCAAUAAAAUUUCUUUCAGAUUAUUCUAUUCUGAAACCACUAAAAAUAUAUUAUACAACUACGAAAUACUUGUCAAUUUGGUUACCAUUGCAUGAAAUGGAAGCGGUUACUUCUGCAGUGGAUGAAGAUUCGUGUACAAUUAACAAUGUAUCAGUGGAGUUCACGGACAAACGCCAUGGUCACUUUUACUUAACUCGGAGGUUUUGUGACCAGCGUGAUAUAGACUUUAGUAGAAUGACGGAAGACUUUAUAAUAUUUGGAGAAGAUGACUCGGAUCAACAGGUUAUCUUCAACAACAAUUUUGUUUGCUUGAAAUCGGAACAUGUGUACAAGAAACCAAGCAAAGCCAGGGAAAAUGUACCGUUAGACCCCGACGAUAGAUUAAACUGGAUUCUUCACGGGCAAAUUACUGAUAUUGAAAAAAUCAAACCCUUGCCUAAAGAUGAGACACUUGAACAAACUCCCCGUCAAAGACAAUCUACCAAGAAUCGAUUCAAAGUAAAAUUUAAACUUCACGAAGCAAGUUGUGAUCCAAGUGACGGUAUGCUUUACGAAGAAAACCCUUCAACUUGUUCAGUAGAAAUCAUUUCAAAAUCCGAAACAGACGUACGAAUAGAAGCUGUACUCAAGUGUCUCGGACAAUCCACAGAUCUCGCAAAGAAAAUAGCAUUGAAUGGAGGAAGGUCCAAUCAAUUAAAUUCCUGGUACAUGGGAAUAGCAAAACGAAUGAAUGUGGAAGUGAACCUCCCAAACAUUGUCAGCAACAACGAAUACCAGAAGAACGCCAUCAAAAAAGCUUUGACCGCCACAUUUACUCUCAUUCAUGGACCCCCGGGUACUGGUAAGACAUACACAGGUACAAAACUCGUGUACCUGUUUGACAAAAUAAACAGCAGGAUGCAAGAAGAGGGGCAUGCUAAGAUGCAGUUGGUGUUCUGUGGACCAAACAAUAAAUCAGUUGACCUGGUGGCCAGAUGGAUGCAUCUGAAAUACGGAAAUGAAUGUCCCGAUAUUGUUCGGAUUUAUGGAAAUUCCUUGGAAAACAAGGACUUUCCAACUCUUGGUAAGUAUUUCUCAAAAAGAGCAUCGACAAGAGAAGCAAAACCAGACCCCCAACUGGAGGGCAUAUCCGUUCACAGAUUGAUACGAUUAAAAGAUAAACCGUAUGCAGAGAAAAUACGGAAAUUCGAUGAAUUGUUUCAAAAGUACAACGAUGGACAGUAUGAACCAACGUUGGAUGAUUUGAAAAAGUACAGAAGAAUAAUUAGCGAAGCAUCUCAAGAGGAAUUGAAACAACAUAGUGUGAUCUUCUGUACCACUGCAGUUGCUACCAGUCCUAGAUUUAUAAAAGCAACGUCUGGACGCAUUCAGCAGUUGAUUAUAGACGAAGCUGGGAUGUGCACUGAACCAGAAAGCAUUGCAGCCAUCAUUGCUACGAAAGCUCAACAAGUAGUUUUGAUUGGAGACCAUAAACAGUUACGGCCAGUCUUAAAGUCAAACUACGCUGCAGAACUCGGUCUUGAAAAAUCUCUUUUUGAGAGAUACUCGGAUCGAGCCAAGAUGUUACAAAUUCAAUACCGUAUGCAUCCAGGGAUAUGUGAAUUUCCCUCAAACGAAUUUUACGACGGUAAGCUACAGACAGGAUCUUCUCCAAAGUGGGACAUCCCAAAUCCUUUAAAGAUAUGGAUUAAUAGAGACAAUAUACCCAUUGUGUUUUGCCAUGUAGAGGGAGAGGAGGAAUACCUAACUGUAUCAGCAGAGGAAGGAAAUGAACAAUCGUGUAGUAAUAAACAGGAGGUCGAAAAAGUGGUAAAGAUCUUAAAACAUCUAAUAGAACAUGAGGGGCUUGAUCUGUCAGACAAAGAAAACCUAAAUAUAAUGUCCCAGUACAAUGCCCAGUGUCACCAGAUCAGACUCGCUGUCUCCGACAUCGCUGAAAAUGUGAAUGUCAACACAGUAGUGGCCAGUCAAGGAGGAGAAUGGAACUAUGUCAUCUUUAGUACAGUACGAUCUCUGCCACGAUAUCGUAUAGAGAAGAAACCUACUCUGGGAUGGUGCAAAAAAAGUCUAGGCUUCAUUUCAGAUGAACACCAAAUUAAUGUAGCACUUACAAGGGCGAGAAGAGGACUCAUUAUAAUUGGAAAUAAGUAUCUUCUUUCAAGCGACCCAGUAUGGAAAAAUCUAAUCUAUCAUUAUGCUCGAUUAGGCUGCGUUGUAGAAGACUAUGAAGAAUUUCCUAGAAGUUCGUCAAAUCAUAAGGUCCCCGGAGGAUCAAUGUACCUGCAGUCAAAGACAGCUUCAAAUAGCAAAAAGUUUUCGGAUAAUAGAGUUCCCAAACGAAAAACAAUUAAACAUCAGCCCACAAAGGAAACUGAGGAGGCCUUUUAUAGAGGCACUGAUCAGGAAGAAGAAAUGCACCAGCGACAGUUACAGAAGGAAGAGCUUUUAUAUUCACGAGACUAGACCGUAUAAUGUUGGUUAGAAUUUAUAUUAAACCGAUUAAUUAAACCGAUUAUGCUGCAAGGUUACAGAAGGAAGGGAAUUCGACAAAUAUGACUUUGAUUUUAUUUGUGUAAAUAUUGAUAAGUAUAGAAAGUUCAUUGUGUAAAAUAUGGGCUUUAUUUUCAAACCAAAUUUAAAUUGUUUAAGUUCAAUCUCAUUGUUCCUCACAUCAUACUACAUACAUGCAUUUGUUAGUGAUAAACUGUGUCUGGAAUAAAAUGAUCUAAUAUAUGUCUUAUAUUUUAAAAUGAUUGAGAACAAUUUUUUUCAGCUCACAUACGAUCUGUCACUUUUGCUUUAAUCUUGCUAUUAAAUGUAGCAGAUUAUUAUCUUUUAUUUUACAUGUAUCAAUUAAAUUAUUAUUCAAGUUCUUCUAUCUAUGUUACUGUACAUUCAUAUUUUAAAAACGCCAUGCAGUCAACCUACAUGUUCUUAUAAAUAGAUUUUCGGCAAUGCUAACUACCUUCAUGUCCUUCAUGUUAACACCAAAGAAAACAUUUUAUGGUGGCAAAAGCUUGUGAUUCCAUAUACAUGUAUUGAUAGUGAAAUGCAAGGUUCGACUUAAACACAAAACCGAAAUAUAUUAAACGGUAUAUUUAAACAUCUUUCGGUGCAUAUAUAUACGAAUGGUAACGAUAAAGUAAGUGUCAACACAGAUCUCAUACGUUCUUUUUAUUGUUGAAUUCGUCAAUAUUUUUCAUACAAAAAUAUAAACAAAAAUAUGAACAUGGAAGUCAAAUCAAACUUUAAGACAAUGAAAUAAAUAAAGCAACAUAAAAUAAGGGCGAUUGCACAUACUAGUAUUAUAUCACAGAUGUAAACAAGGGACUAAUGCAAAACCACCGGUAAAAGAAGUAAAUUUACACUUGAUAAAGACUUCCAAAACCUUUAUCGGGGAAGUUAUAAAUUUUAUUUUAAAAAUAUGCGACUAGUUUCAUUUUCGUAUACAAUUGAGACAAAUCAAUAUGAUAAUAAGGAUCUCUUUUGUAAUAUUUUGUUUUCUAAUCUUACAUAAGAUACACGAUCUCUUUCAACCGCUUGCGAUUUCAAGCGAAGGUAUAAAAUCAUACUAGUAUAUAUCUUUCUUGUGGAUAUAUUUACAAAAAGAAUAUCAAAUGUCAUGUUAAGCAAUGGAUGAAUAUAUUCAACUAAGGUAUUCUUGUCAUAAAUCACGAGAUGCAAUACAACGCACUUUUAAAUAUAACAAAUGCAUGAGGAAAUUUAAAAUCCUUAGUAACAUAAGUAGAUGGGUAUAAUACCUUCGAGGGUGUCAGUUUUUUUGUCAUAAACACAAACAUCAAUAAUAUCUGUAUAGUGAAAACUGAAAGAAUUAAACUGCUCACAAUUAAUUGUAAAUAUUUAUAAUUUAUCAUAUCUAAUGCAACAAGUAUUGGUAAAGAGUAAAAGAAUGGAACCAUAGAAAAUACCCUGUAUCUGACUUAUUAAGUAUAGAAAUUCGAAGGGCACCACAUUUACUUGAGGCAUCAAAUCACAUCGCAUGACCUUAAGAACAUUUUUAUAGACAUAUUACCAUAUAAAGCAAUUUAAGUACUAUAAUAUGAAAAAUAACUAUAAGCAAUUUGAAAGAAACAAGUAUUCAAAUAAAUCAACUGAUUUACCCCCUAUAAACCUUAUUUAGAGUCAAACUUAGUUUGAUCUAGUAUUGUUGAAGUAUUUACAUGUGAGUAACCUCCAUAUAAUAUCUAUAAAAGCCAUGCUAGUUAAAUUAGAAAGUGUGUUAAUCUGUUCAUGAUGAGAAGGUAAAAAGCGUUGUUAUUUCUAUCCACAUUAUAAUAACAAAGGGAAACAAACUGCUAAUUCAAUAAUCCGGUUAUCGGCUUGCAUUCGUAAAAUUAUGCUAUUAUUUAUAUUUAAUUUAUCGCUCCUCAUAAUCAUAUCAAAAUUAUAAUUAAACACUUUAUCAGCUACAAAACCAUCUUGCAAACAAUUUUAAUAAUGGUCAUGGUCAUCUA